AGGACUGAGAAGGGCGAGAGGAAAAGGUCAGUGACGCAAGCCCGAUGCGAUGGCUCUCAGCUGAGCUGCUCUGCUGUUUGUCCGUGGUGCGCUAUUUCUGCUCAGCAACAAUUCACACAUCUGGGGACCACAACUCCUUCCACCACCCACGCUCUUCCUCCCCCCUCAUGGGGGAUGAAGCAGGGGAGGGGGGAAGGAGGGACAGCUACUGCACCAGGCUGCCAGCAUAAUUUCCAAGACUGAUGGGAAAAAAAAAACCCGAGCAGUCCUUUUCAACAGCCACCUUCGCUCUGGGCACUGAGCAUCGCCAAUGAAGGAACCUGCUGCCCACCAAGGAGAUUGACUCCUGUCCUUGGUUUCAAAGUGAUUUGUGCAUGUGUGCAGACCCUGAGAGUGAUAUGAGUGGUCUGUCUGGGCAUCUGAAAGUGGAAGCUAUGGGUCUCUUGCCAGUGUCCCAAGAGGACAGGUCCUUCUCUCUCUCUUUUUUGCUUCCCAGCAAUAGUUACAAACUGGUCCCAGUAUAUGUCAGCACUGCAAGCUAACACCUGAUCCCUCCACCCUUGUUUCUGCACCUAUUGCUUUACCAGCAGGAAGUAGGACGUGGUUUGGGGCUUUUUAUUCUCGGCCUCGCUAGCCUUUUCGAUACUUCAGGGCCUCGUCUCAGUCUGACAAGGCAAGCAAGUGGCAGCUUCCUGUGCAAAGGUGAGAGGGAGAAGAUAGAGAGAGACCACGCGUGUACGAGAGGAACGGCUCUACAGCAGAACUGCUGGGCUGAAGACUCCUCUCUUACUCCAGCAGCACUGGCUGAUGGCUGGACAUGCACUGAACUAGGAUAUCCCUCUCCAUCACUCUCCAUUUUCCCCCUCCCCAUUCCCAUCACUGUUUGACGUCCAGCCCCUGCUUCCAACCAACCCUGCGACCUGGUCCCCGGGGACUCCUUUCGUCUGGACCGCCGGGUGCCUGGUGCUGGAAGUGUGUCACCAGUACAGAUGAAGCCCUCUUUGCUUCUUCUGUGUCACCUCUGGCUGUUCAGUGUCACGCCUCUCUUACUGGCAUCAGACUCGGCACAAGGUGCCUCCAGCCUAACUUGUUGGUAUGACUCACGGGCGGCUCUCUUCUGCGACUGGAACCCAGGCAGGGACCUGGUUGAAGCACCAUGCCAGCUGGAGAUUUUAUCAAGUUUAGGAUUUAGUGAAAGGGAUUCUCUCUUACUUGAACAAUCCAAGAAGUACUGUAAAUUACCCAAGGCAGAACACAUGACAGGACUGAGGAGAUGCAUCAAGACCUUCAACAAAAACAGUGAUGUUCAAUACUUCACCGCUGCAGACAGUCUUACCAUGUCUGUCCAUUGCCAGAUUGGAGAGAAUAGGUCUAUACCUGUGCAAAUAGAAAAUUUCAGGCCAUUUGCAAAUAUAAAACUGAGGCCACCAGGAAAUCUUCAGAUGGUUACCAAAACUGAAAACACCUACAACUUAACAUGGUGCCUGAAUGUUUCGUCUCAUUAUUUGAAAGGGGAACGGGAAUACCAAGUGCGGUAUCGAACCACAAGUCAGUCCUGGGAGGAGGCCAGAAACUUCACCAUUGUGCAGGACCAGAUGUGGGCAGUGUUUGAAAGACUCUCCCCUGACUUGAAAUAUGAGGCAGCUGUCCGUGCAAGGCCAAGUCCCUCAAGUGUCUACAAAGGCGUGUGGAGCGACUGGAGUGAGACAAUAUUGUGGAGGACACAUGCUGACCAAACAUCGCGGCCAGUCUUGCCAGCUGUUAUAGUGAGCAGUUGCAUCUUUGUGAUCAUUGGGACUGCCUUCCUUAUUAACUUACGGACCCUGAAAUGGUUUAAGAAGAUCCUGAAGAUUCACAUCCCAGACCCCGAGAAGUUCUUUCCCCCACUUGUUUCAGUUCAUGGAGGUGACAUUCAGAAAUGGCUCUCCUCCCCGUUCUCCACAUCUUCCUACUGUGUGAACAGCACAGCCCCAGAGAUCUCCAUGCUUGAGGUGAUGCAGAAGAAUGACCAGGAUUCCCAGUUUCUACUUUGCAAGGGAACCCCGACUCCUGAUCCUCCCUUAGAAACCAGUGGGCACUCUGUAUCCAGCUGCUUCACCAACCAAGGCUACUUCUUCUUUCACCUUCCCAACUCCUUUGAGAUUGAGCCCUGUCAGGUCUACUUCACCUAUGAGCCUUUCACCCAGGAGGGCAGUGGCAGCGAGGAUGGUGAGUCUUACCAUGCUCUUCCCUCCCCAGACCUCUGCACACUGACAGAGGACAUGCCUGUGUUGUCCCACAACUUCCUUCAUUGUAUCAAGGCAACCUGGGGCUUUCAAAACAACUCCUUCAUGGAAGAGACAGAAGAUGAAGCCCAGCGGGCCAUGGCUAUUUCUGGGGCUCUCCAGUCAAGUGAAGGUACUUUACCAACACCAGUUCUGAAGCAGGAUGAGAAGGUGAUGGACAAAGCCCUAUGCCAGCUGUACACUCACUUUCCUGAUCCACCGGACCUUCAUGACAGUGAUACUAUUGAUGUAAUGGAGGGGAGUGGGAAGGCAGGCCCUCCGAUUGACACCUGUACACCAGCAGCACAUGCUGCCUCUUCUUUCUGUCAGCCUCCACCUCUAAGGCAAACUGAGGAUGAGGAUCCAUGCAGAACAGUCUUCUCCAGCCAGGUCCCAAACACUGGUGCCUACCUUUCUCUGAAGGACCUCCAAAGCCAGUACAGCCAUUGCUCUGUCUAGGAUCUGCCUGGAGGAAACCCAUAGGUGGGAAAGUCCUCUGCAGGGAAGGCUAGACAGACAGUUUUUCUAUUCAGGACAUGAAUGUGUCUUCAGCAUCAAACCCAUUGUGAAUGUUCCUUAAUGAGGCUGAAGAACACAGUUACUCUAGAGGGCUGCAAAACCAGAAAAGGGAUAGGAUGGACAAGGUGUAAAUUUAUGGAUGGCUACAUGGGUAGCCCUAGUUCCCAAGGUAAAGUGUUAGUGAAACAGACUGCUGGAAAUGAGAGGACAUUUUGCAUGGAUAACCGGGCUACAGGACAGUAAAGCAACACAUGGAGAAUGAUAAAGGUACAUUAAAACUGUUCAGUGGCUACUCAGCUAAUGGAAACAUAGAAGCCUGAUUCUUAGGCAUGCAGGUCAACAAGGACUCACCUUCAUAACUAGACCUGUUUCUCUGCUAUCACUGGAUCUCAUGGCAUAGAAACCCCUUACCACACUGCUCAAGUGCCAUCCUGAACCUCACCAGCUUGAUUUUUCUUUCCCAGCUCCCUGUAGGAGGCUAUGCCAGUAAUUCCAUGCUUUGCAUCUUGGUGUAAAAUAGCACUCAGCUUUGAGGCUGAGCAGGCACAUGGUCCAUUUGCCUCAUCCCAGCCUAAAAACCUCUGACAGGAGGGAGAAAUGCCUGAAGAGGUGGAUAUGAGAUGUUGUACAGGGGACAGUAGCACUGCCAGUCAGUGCUGGGGCCAAUCAUGAAAUGGGUGAAGACAACUCCUCCUGACUGACCAAGGCUGUAAUUCUUUCUGUAAUGUCCCCACUUCAGGUUUUAACCAGAGAUUACAUUCUGAGCUACUCGGUUCAGCUUUAGACUCAAGUCUCUAAGAGCUACAACUGUGUCAGCUGUCUAAGCAGUGCAGUGUAAAAGAAAUCCCCAUUAUUGUGUUAAAAAUACUGGGGAAAUCCCCUCUCCCCCCCCGCUUCUUUCUCCCAGGUCUGAUGAUGGCAGUAAAAAGAAUGCACACAAUUUCCUAUUCUUGCUGCAAUAUUUUUCACGAAAUCGAAAGCCUCUCUGCCCUGCUGGCAAAAUAGAGUUAUUUGACUAUGAUAAGCUGAUUGCAGAAUAGUUCAUCCCACAUCCUGUAUUAGUGGAAAACAUCGCAACAGUGCUGCCCAUUCCUUCCAUUGCUCAAGGGAAACCAUUGCCUAAUUAGUGAAAAAGAUGUGGUCAAUGAGCCCAGAAAACUAAGUUACGAAUCAGCACCUUUACUGAAAAGAAAACCUCAAUCCACUCACAAAGAACGGAGAUAGCAAAGACUACAUUUUUUUUCGUUUUCCUCUGCAUUUGCUGAUCUGGGUUGAGAAAAAGCAUCACACCAUGGAAGAAAAAGCGGCAAGGCAAAGGAAGACAAGCUGUUCUUGUUACAUCCAUCCCUGCAUUCAACAUCUGUACUGUCUCUCCACUUUCUUGCCAUAUUUCUGGACUAUUCAGCAGUGGGAAAAUACCACCCUUGUGCUAAAGAUCUUUCUUCUAAGAGUUUUUAUAUCAAAAAGGUCAAGGAUAUCAAACUUCUUGGUACUGCUAUCACUCCUGUGAUUAUCACCCAGAACUAAUUCUUUCCUACCUCUUUUUCAUACAAGCACCAAGCUGCCCCUUUGUCCUGGUCCCACACUGUUACCUGACCCCACAUGGUGCAGCCUGAAUGUCAUUAUGAGUCCCAGCUACAGGGUCACCCACUGGCUUCAAUUUCACCUCAAAAUUGCUGCUCAAAAGAUUUGAGCCUGCCUGCAGCUGAGAGGCUGGGGGAGCUACACCUCUCCUCUCAUCAGCUCUUCACUAACUGCAUCAAGAUGAGGUACGCUCCGUUGUCUCCAGGAAACAGCAGGUGAAGAAGACCCCACAGCUUCCCUGUUAAGGAAGCAAAAGACUUGCCCAGCUGUUUGCUGUACUUUGAGAAUCUUCCCAGAUGGACUUCAGAAAGAGACACUGAAUCCCUUGCCACUGAUGAGAAAUUUGCUAUCUUACAUGGACCAAGAAUCCUAGUUGUAGUGAUGGUUAUCUUGUCCCAGUGUAGAUCUUCAUAAGCUUCUCAAUUAUUCUUGCUGCUAAGUGCAAAAGAAAAACUUUGCCUCUUUGUAAAUAAAAGAAACAUU